AUAUUAACUCAUAUUUGUGCAAUAUUAUUAUCUUGUGUUAACUCAUUACUAGGGGUUUGACGAUAUUUCUCGUCAAGCUUAAACCUGUCUCGCGGGAAGAAAAAAAAACAGUUUAAUAUGGACUUUUUAAGAGGGAUCUGGCAACACAGUAGCAAUGGCGGUGACGAGCGCGGCAGCUGAGCAGUGAGAACAGCAAAAGAGGAAGAUGCUCUCUCUACUUUCUUUAAGUCGUUUCGGCUUCUCAGUGGAAACAAUAAACGUUAACUUCCAGUCAUGAGUGCACCCCAAGCUGUAUCCAAAGAUGCCAAAGUUGUGGUGGUGGGGGCAGGAUUUGCAGGUUUGUCUGCAGUGUCCACCCUGGUUCAGGCAGGAUUUCAACAAGUCAAGGUCCUGGAGGCUAACGGGCGAGUUGGGGGCAGAGUUUGUACGACCAAACCGUUCACGAGGAAUAUUAUUGAGCUUGGUGCCAACUGGAUCCACGGUCAGAAAGGAAACCCCCUCUUUCAACUAGCAAAGAAGAACAACCUACUAUCUGAGGAAGCUGAUGAAGAUGACUUGGAUGAUUAUUUCUUUAAGGAGGGUGGGAAGCAGCUCAGUGAUAAGCUUGGUGAGAAGGUCACUGCUCUGUUUGAAAAACUCAUCUCUAAGGCCUCAGAUUCAAAGAUAGACCGCAAGUACAGAAGCCUGAGCUUGGGUGAUUACCUUGAUGCUGCGUUUGCAGAAUCUAGUUUAGCAUCUUCAGGAGAUGGACCAAGAAUUUUUGAGUGGUGCAAAAGAAAUGAAUGCACGAACGAGGCAGCUUCAUCCCUGUUCGAAGUGUCUGCAUAUCAACUUAGUGAAUAUAUUGAACUGGAUGGAGAGUUCUAUAAUUGCCUGGGUCCUGGUGGUUAUCAAGCCUUAUUAGAUUAUCUGAUGAAAGAUCUGCCCUCAGGAAUCAUCCUGAACAAUAAAGCAGUGAAGAGCAUCCAGUGGGACCUGAAGCCACAAGGAGGGUCGAAUCAUCCUGUGAAGCUGAUCUGUGAAGACGAUGAGAUAUUUGAAGCUGACCAUGUGAUUGUGACUGUAUCUCUGGGAGUUCUGAAGCAAAAGGCAGCAACCAUGUUUGAACCUUCCUUGCCACAAUCCAAGCUGACUGCUAUUGAGCAGCUCGGCUUUGGUACAGUGAACAAGAUCUUCCUCUGUUUUGAUGAGAGGUUUUGGCCUGAAGACUGUGAGGGAAUCCAGCUUGUGUGGAACGAGGGUCCUGAAGAUAAGUCUGUGUACACUUCUCAUUCUGAAGGAGAGGCUUGGAAAGAGACGUGGUAUAAGAAGAUCUGUGGCUUUGAUUCUGUGGCCCGUCACCCCACAGUGCUCUGCGGCUGGAUCGCAGGCAGAGAAGCUCUUCAUAUGGAGACGCUUCAGGACAGUGAAGUUAAAGAUACCUGUUUGAGAUUGCUCAGGUCCUUCACUGGCUGGUCCGUUCCUGAUGUGUCCAAAGUGCUGAUCUCCAGAUGGGGUCAUGACAGCCGUGUCCUUGGCUCCUACUCAUCUGUUCCCAAGGGAGUAAAUGGUUUUGAAAAACAAAAGGAACUUGGAGAACCUCUUCCUCUACAGAGAAAAGCCUCAGACAGCAAGCCUCUGCAGGUGCUGUUUGCAGGGGAAGCCACUCAUGAGAAUUUCUAUGCAACCACCCAUGGGGCCUACCUCUCAGGGAUCAGAGAAGCACAGAGACUCAUAAACCACUACUCUACUAAGAAAAAAUGAGGGAAAAAAAUAAAUAAAUUGCAGAAGCAUAUUUUUUAUGAAACAAUAUUUAGAUGCAUGUUUUACUAAUUGUCAUCAAAGUGUUUGUAUUUCUCUGAGAUUGUGAGGUAAAAAUGAUGUACAACUAUUUUAAAGUGAUUAAUUUCAUUUAAAACAAAACCAAAGAUAAUCAAUAUAUAGAAAAAAAUAAUUGCAUGUAAUGAAAGUAGAACGUUUUAUCUAUGUUGUAUCGGCUGUGUAUAUUUUCUUAAGCUGCAGAAUCCUUUUAAUAAAGAAAAUAAUCCAGCGGAAUGCU